AUGGUUUGCUUUGAUUACUAUAUGUCCUAUGAAUUGGUGAAACAAUUCCUGGAAUGCGUUCAAUAUUUACACGAAUCGGUCGAUAAAAAUAUUAUUGAUUCGAAACUGAAUCCCAAAAAUAUAUUGAUUGCCGAUAAUGUAAGGAAUGGUAGAGUUGAAAAUCAAAAACUGUUGGGAGUAAACAUCAAUACUAUUCAAGACUUCCUAAACGGUCUCAAAAACACAGUGGAUGUGGAGGAAAGGGGUGUCGAGGAUGUGUUGAAUGAAUUCAAAUACAUUUUCGCCCAUAAUAUACAAAUUACCGAUAAUAUGAUUUCCACAUUUCAGACUCAUUAUGCAACAUUAAAUAACCAGGAAUAUAAUUUCUUUGUUGAAAAC